AUGAAUGGACGCGGCGGCUGCGGCACACACACACACCGGCGCGCGACACCGUGCGCGGCGACAGGGGUGCAGCCAGAGGCUACACGGCAAGGGAGACAGGCCGGGGGGACACCCCCUGGACCCCUACACGUGAGACCUGAGCCACCACAGAGAGGCCUGUUUAUGGAGGAGACUCAGGACAGAGCCAGCAGCGGUUUCUCUGCGGCUGCCAAGAGGAAGGGGGGCGCGGAGGGGCUGGACUGGGAGGCCAGAACGAGCGGGGCAAGCUGUUACACGCGGGACGGACAGCAGCGAGGCCUGACGCUGCAGCGCAGGGAACCACACGCUCAGCAUCCUACGAUAAACCACAAUGGAGAAGAACACGAAAAAGAAUAUGGCGUACAGCUGAGCCACAUGCUCUACAGGAGAAGUCAAAGCAACACAAGCUUCGACCUGACCAGGCUGGGCCGCAUCACACCCCCGGUGUCCCAGCCGCAGAGCGUCUCCACGGCGGGAAUCACCGUGUGUUUCAACAUACCUGACCGCAGCCCCCGCAGAGGACCCCUUGCCAGGCCUCUCGACUGGACUAACAUGGGCCACAAGCCGUCCCCCUCGUCCUCCCCGGAGACUGCGGGUCUGGCGAGCAGCCAGGAGUCCACGCACACAGGUGAUGAGCUGCGCUGUGAGAAGCCAACAAGCAAGAGAGAGAAGGAGGGACUGGGUGACUCGGGUCCUUUCUCCUGUCAGAAAGGAGGGGCGCAGCGGGGCCAGACGGAGGGCAAGAGCAAAGCGCGCACAGGGCAGGCAGGCUCGGCAGGCCAGACGACACGGGACACAGCCGUGCAGGGCCAGGACCACCGGCACACGCGACAGGGAGGAUGGGGCAGGCCCGGAGAGCGCAGACAGCAGCGAGGACGCGGGCGCACCGCUCCCUUCCCCUGCCACCGAGCUCAGCCCUCCUGCCCGAGGAGACAGAGGGACUGCGCGCAGGGGUGCCGGGUGCCCAAAAGGACAGCAGGCCGGGACGGGAACCCGCACACCACGCGCCUCCCCAGCAGCCGCGGCCGCGAAGCAGCUGGUCAACCACCCCCGCGCCCGCUGCCCGGCACGGCCCAGGCCUUCUGCUCCGGGCGCCCUGACACGCGCCAGCCAGAAGUAACGGCCGGGACCCUCUGGCAGCGCCCCUCACAGCGGCGGGAGUGUGGCGCAGACCACAGCAAGCACCCACACCCGCAGAAAGCGAACGCUCGGUGGUCUGCGGCCACUCGGAGCUGGGAGCACGUGACUGGCUCUCCGCGGACUCCCGGCGUCGGGGACCCUCGGCCGGCCGGCCGUUCGGCGGACGGGACGGCGAACACACGGCUCGGCCUGGCAUCUGGGCGGGGUGGGCGGCGCCCCCGCGGCCGGCCGGCUGGCCACCGCCCGGGCGCGCAGACCUGGCCGCUCCGGCCGGCCAGCCCGAGAGGAGGGCGUGCGCGGCACUGGCCCGGGUCGCGGCCGGUCGCGGUCACACCCGGCCGCCUCUUGGCCGGCCUGCCGCCGGGCCCGAGGGUGCGGGACUCCCCGCGAGGCCGGGCCGGGCCUGCCCGAGACGAGGACGGCUCGCGCCGGCGACCGAAGCCAAGGAGGGGGAUGGGGCCGGGCCGCCGCUUACCGCGGCCGCUUCGCUGGGCUCCGGGCCGGGCGCGUCGCGAGGGCUCCACCGAGGAGGAGACUGGGGAUGACGGGCGCGCGGGGAGGUCCAAGCUGAGGCUCCUGCGGGCUCCCGGGCCUGUCCAAGUCUCCAACGCCGCCGCCGCCGCCGCCUCGGGCUUUAUGGCCAAGACUCCGGCUCCGCUCCCACUUCCGCCACCGCCGCCGCCCCGAACGGAAGUACCUGUCACGAGACGCUCGACGCCAGGGCUGCGGGGGCGGAGCCCCGCCCCAGUCGUGCGUCACGUUCCGCCGUCUCCUGCCCCGGCCCGAGUCACGUGGCACAAACAUGUCUGCCCCCAGUAA